GAUUAUUAGGAGUCUAAGAAGUUGCCAAGAGGUUACCAAUAACACAGUUUGGCUGAACAGAAAGAACCAAAAAGAAAUAUUUACCAUAACAAAAAUGUUUAGUUGGAUGUUGUUUUUUACGGUUAUCAUUGCGGGAGCGUAUGCGGAAGAUUAUUGUAAUUUAGAGAUAUGUUCAAUAAGAGAGAAACCUCAUACGAUGUGCCAGUAUCCUUCACCUCAGCCAUCGCAAGAAUGUGGAAAUUGGAAAAGAAUGGGUUUAAGCGACGCUGAAAGGCAGGAGAUAUUAAAUAUGCACAAUAAAUUGAGGCGAAAAGUUGCGGCGGGUAAAGAGACCAGAGGAAACCCAGGUCCACAACGAGCGGCACUUAAUAUGCCGGACUUGGCUUGGGAUGAUGAAUUAGAAAUGAUUGCACAGAGGUGGGCCAAUCAAUGCAUUUACGAACACGAUGAUAAUUAUGGUUUAUGUCAUGAUGUAGACAGAUUUCUAGUUGGUCAGAACUUGGCGGUCGUAGACACUUCGAAUGAAAAUAACAGGCAAUUUGAAGAAUGUACCCAACAGUGGAUAGACGAAGUGAAUUCAUUCGAUAGAAAUGAUGUUUAUAAAUUACCGGAAAAUUUCGACCCUACUGGCCAUUAUACUCAAAUGGUGUCUGAUACAGCUAACAAAAUCGGCUGUGGAAAAAUAGUAUACGACUUACCGAAUAAUUGGAAGAGACUUUACUGUGUUUGCAACUAUGGUGCAAGCUCUGAAUCAUAUCCAGCUGGAAAUGUUUAUGGCCAACCAAUAUAUAAAACUAAGGAGUAAAUUUAAUACAACAUAAAUAUUCCUUGAGCUAUUUAAAAACGAAAUAUAAUACGAGGGAAAGCAUAUAUCUAUAUUUCUUCUCUUUCGUUUCCGAACGAGAAACUAUUCGCUUCUGUUCUCGUCAAAUAAUG